AUGUCUGAUCCAGAAGACUUGGAUGAGAUGGGCGAGGGACGAUACUUUGGAGUCACAGAUCCAGAGCUUUCGCAGCCUGUGUGCUCAAACUGCCACCGCCGCGGCCACAUCCGUGCCAACUGCAAGAUCGUGGUCUGCCACGCAUGCGGCAAAGUCGACGACCACUACGAAACACAGUGUCCGAACUCGAUGGUGUGCACCAACUGCGGCGAGCGCGGCCAUUUCCGCAACCAGUGCAAGCAGAGACGAAAAUUCAACUUCUGCACCGACUGUAACUCGAAGACGCACUCUGCAGACCGCUGUCCCAACAUCUGGCGAAGUUACAUCACCAUAGCAUACGACAAAAAUCACAAAUUCAAAUAUCCUGCAGACUAUAUAUACUGUUACAAUUGCGCGGAACGAGGUCACUACGGCGACGAGUGUCCGAGGCCACGGGUAUCGAAGACGCCGAACAUCAACGGGUCCGCAUUCACAGGCGACAAUCUACCCCGCCAGCUCCGAAGACAGUACCAUUCGUCGCUAUCCAGAAAGCGGCGGCCGCUGUUUGACGAAUAUAAGGACAACGGGCACAGAGAUAAGCGUCAGAAAAAGCACGACCAGAGCGAAAAGACCAACAAGAACGGAAAGAACGACAAGAGCGGCAAGUUUGGCGGCAAGUACAGAGACAAUAGGACGCCCCAGCCUAAAAAGUCCGGGGUGCUCCCGCAGAAACCAGCAGGCCUGCCUGCUCCGUCGCGGUCUGGAUAUGUGUCCAAGCGGAAGCGCAAGGAGAAGAAGGAGAAGCGGAGGUGA